UCUAACGGAGAAAUCAACAAGCGGAUAAACGACGAAUGAUAAAAGAGGUUUUGCUAUCCAACUUUUAAACUGGUUACUUGUUUAAAGCAACAAUUAACAGUGGAAUUAGUAAAGCUAAACGACCUCUUUCUAUUGUUGCUAUGUGUUCCGCUUGCACUUAUCGUAAAGAGUUGGUGUUGAAAGUCCCACUUCGCAAAUGUCUGUGAGCGAUCCACUACUAAAACAACUAAAAGCAUUGAUCUUGGAAUUCCGUUUGUCUGAAGUUGCUGUCAAUGACAAGAACGAAAAACUCCACACUUUAUGUGACAUUAUAGAAAAGAUUUUCCGGAAAGGAUUAAAGCAGAAUGGAGGUUGGUUUUCUAAAACAGACUAUUGGUGCUGGAUAUCAAAAUCAGUGUAUGAUGUGGCCAAUGACAGAGUUAACCCAAUCUUUGUUAUGGUCACCAACAUAGUAAAUGAAUCCAAGAAGGUGUGUACCCUUCAAGGCAAAGGUCGAUUAUUUAUUCGUUGUGCACUGGUGAAGAAAGUAUUGGGUGUGGCUGUGGAACUUUUGAGAAAAGACCAACGUCUAACUGACAUAUGGUAUGAUACAGAAUACUCUAUUCUUGGCAAUGAAAUACUCUCAGAAAUAUUCAUCUCACUAUUGUUUGAAAUAACGGAAAUCAAAUUUCUACUAAAUUUAAAGAAUGCCAGCUUUCUAGAUGAAACAUGGGAUCUCCCUGUUUAUAAAGAAUAUGAACUUGUCCCAUGUGAUGAUAUCGGAAUGACUGUGCAGUAUCUCUCAGGGCGAACAUUAGUGAUAAGUGUGGUGCCAGGAAGUGUUGCAGAGGAAGAUGGCAAGGUUGGCUGUGGAGACGUUCUGGAUGAACUGUUUGGCAUAAGUUUGAGAAAUGCCAAUAAAAGCAAGGUACAGCAAAUACUUCGACAGAACAGGGGUUGGCCUAUCAGACUCUCUGUCAACAAGUGUCUAAAAGAUAAUCACAUUUAUGGUCCAAUUGAAGAAUUGCUAACACUGGCUAAUUUGCAACGUGACCAAAUCAAAAUUGAGCCAAAGAGAAGUCCAGCCAGUUCUGAUGAAGAAACUGACUUUUUCCGUCCGGUUGCAGAAAAAGGCAGGAAACCAGCUCAUGCCUUACUACCUGGAGACUAUUCUGAUGAAAUCCCCGUACAUGGUCCUGAACAAAAAGCAUUUUACCCUGUGUUAUUCAUUGCAGAAGUUUAUGUUGGUAAUAAAGGAGGUCAGAAAGAAAUCCUUGAUGUUAUUGGUCAGAAUAUGGUUAAUUAUCCAGGGAAGCAGCAGCCAUUCUUGCUGCAACUUGGCGAGACUGAAGUACUUGUGAUGACACGAGACAAAAAACAAAUUGUCUAUCGGCAUUGCUAUACAGAAAUUUCAUCUUGUGGCCGUCGACUGGAUACAAUGAAGAUAUUUGCUUAUAUUUGUGGGUAAGUCUUUAACUAUUUUAUU